AUGAUACUGCCUCAGGGAUCGCUGUUCUUCGUGAGCUUGGCAGCAUGCUCGACCGCCGUUGUUGCGGCGAGUAACGACGGCUCCGCACGUCCUCGGGGUGUUGGGCCCGAAUUCGCGAAGUUCUACAAGGACACCGACACGUUCACCUGCAUCUCGCACCCGGCUAUUAAGGUCCCCUUUUCCGCCGUCAAUGACGACUAUUGUGAUUGUCCGGAUGGUAGUGAUGAGCCCGGCACUUCGGCUUGUGCCCAUCUAUCCAACAAUUCGCCGUUGACGGUCGCUGACCGUCCUGGGAAUAACGACCUCGACCUGACACUAUCUCUGCCCGGGUUCUACUGCAAGAAUAAGGGCCACAAGCCUUCCUAUGUACCCUUCCAGCGGGUCAAUGAUGGGAUCUGUGACUAUGAUCUAUGCUGUGAUGGAAGUGACGAGUGGGCCCGUGUCGGAGGCACCAAGUGCGAGGACAAGUGCAAGGAGAUUGGAAAGGAGUGGCGCAAGAAGGAGGAGAAGAGACAAAAGUCGAUGACGACUGCGUUGAAGAAGAAAAAGGAACUCCUUACUGACGCGGGAAGGCAGCAGAAGGAGGUUGAGGAGAGCAUUAACGGACUGGAGGUUCAGAUCCAGGGCCAGGAAAUCAAGCUCAAGGAUUUGGAGGCUGAUCUGGAGGAGAUCGAGAAGCAAGAGCGGAGCAAGGUGGUAACAGGUAAGAAGGCGGGCAAGGUCAAUGUGCUUGCCCAGGUUGCCAAGGGCCGAGUUGAGGAACUCAGAACCACGUUGGCUGAGGUCCGUAAGGAGAGGGAUGAGACUCGCUCUCGUGUCAAGGAACUUGAGGAAAUCCUCUCCAAGUUCAAAGUCGAAUACAAUCCCAACUUUAACGACGAGGGUGUCAAGCGCGCUGUGCGCAGCUGGGAGGAAUAUGCUGCUAGAGGUACCUCUGAAGGCCUGGAGAACGCUGCUCGUGACCGUGAUCUGGAUGAGAUUGCCAAGCCUGAUGACGACAAGUCUGGCGUCAACUGGGAGCAAUGGGAGAAUGAAGAGGAUGGAUGUGAAGCUAAUCUUGUCUACCAGCUGGCCGCCUACCUGCCUCCCUCUCUUGUGAACUUCAUUGAGGACAAGGUUCUCUCCAUCCGUAGUUUCCUCGAGAAGAACGGCGUCCUACCUACGAAAGACGAGGGCUCCGCUUCUGAGUCCAAGGCAGUGACUGAGGCCCGUGACGCCGUCAAUGCAGUCCGCAAGUCCAUCGAAGAUUUGAAGAACCAGGUAAAGGAUCACAAGGAGGAUCUCGAUACGGACUACGGUGUGGGAUCUAUUUUCCGUGCUCUUAAGGGUGUCUGCAUCCAAAAGGAUGCCGGAGAGUACACAUACGAACACUGCUUCUUGGAUCAGACUAAACAGAUCCCGAAGAAGGGCGGAUCUACGGCACGCAUGGGCAACUUCGUUCGCAUUGGAUCGGUCACCAUUGAUGAGCUCAACGAGUCCGGUGAGAUUGUUCCCGAGGAGAGGAUAUCUCUUGAGUACGCCAAGGGACAGACGUGCUGGAACGGUCCUGCUCGGUCCACGAGGGUCGUCUUGCAGUGUGGGGAGGAGAAUGAGAUCCUGAAGAUUGCUGAAGACGAGAAAUGCGUCUACUCAAUGCUGGUCAACACCCCUGCCGUGUGCCCAGGAGGAGAGGAAGACGUCCAUCCAGCCUCGGGCCGCAAGGACGAACUGUGA